CAAUUACUUUCUUUGACAUGGCAUUUGACAUUAUAAUUCGAGGUUGCGUGUUGCUAAAAACAGCUGUGUUGGUGUUGCACUCUGCAAUCCCUACGAUUUAAAAUUUUAAACGUAAACGUAAAAAGCAACUCUAAAAAUGAUUGAGAACGACGAGCAACAAAUAAUUAAUGAACCAACUAUAAUAGAAGCAAAAAGUGAAUCUGAUGCCGUUCAUCCUAGAUUUAUAAAGGAAAAUCCUGAGGAAAUUCUAAAAUAUGAACAAGAGCAUUACUAUUAUUGUAUACAGUGUCAGUUGUAUUUUGCUCCUACUUUUGAAGGCCUUAGCAUUCAUUAUGACAAAGAGAUAAUUUCUCAUAAACCACUUGGAUCAUGCUUCUAUUGCAAAGGAAAAGUUUAUGAAUACACUAAACAAGGAGAAUCAAAACUGUAUCACAAUUGUAGGAAUAAAACUGAAAAUCAUGAGCAAUGACAUAUACCUUUUGAAGCAUUAUGUACAAAGUAUAGGUUGCUGGUUCAAAUCAUACAGUAUGGUGUAAAAGUAAGGAAAACAUUCAUCAUAAAACAUUUGUUUUUAUACCUGUCAAGACAUCCGAGGUAUUAUUUAGAAACACAGAUAGUAAUUAUUAGUAGGGUGUUUAGAAGGUUGAUUUAUUGUGAAACAAAAUCAAGGUUCAAGAGCCCAAUGAUGAACUUAAUGACAAUUUUGAGGAAUAUUUACCAAGGGAAGGUGCAUAGCCAAUCAUCUGAAUUGGAGAAGAGAUUGUUGUUCCAACUUUCCAAGAUAAUGUAGAUAAAUCAUUUUUAAAUCAGUACAUGUGCUCCAACAGAUUGAAUUCUAAAAAAAAUGUUAAUGUACUUUUUUAAUGCAGUAUAAACAAAAGGAAGCCUUUUUACUUCAUUCUUACACAUGUCUCAUACCUAUGUUAAAUGCACAGUUCCUUUGUACAGCAACUGUCUAUCAAAUCAAUUGAGUCAAAAAAGUAAAUGAAAUAUUGUCAGUAUAAAUCUCAAAGUGCGUAACACCAAUUAGGAAAAUUUUACAAGAGAGCCAUAAAACUAGUUUAAAUUAGAACCCUUAAACUUAUUAAAACUGUAUUUGUUUUUAUGAUAAAUAAUGUAAUUUGCAGGAAUAAUAAAAUAGGCAUUUCUCAGAUGGUAAAUUGCUCGUGGAGCUAUGAAUUUUAUGAUUUACACUGAUGAUAUGUUGUACUGAUCACAAAACAUUUAAUUUGAUCUCCAUUUACCUUUAAAGUAGGGUUGCCAGGUUUUUGAAACAGAUAUGACGGACAGCAGGGGAUUUUAGGGAAAAUAAAG